CUUCCCUGCCGACGGUGAGGCUUACCCCAACAAACGGUUUGGAUGGAAGCCUCUUUCCAGCAGGCCGACCGAUCUCAUCCCCUCUCCCUCACUCCUGGCUACAUCCUACCCGUUGAAAAGAGGCCACUCCUCUCGCAAGUCUCAUCAUCGACGUCCAUUCCCAUCAUAGACAUGCGCGAUGAGCUCCACGUGGUGGACAAGAUAUCCAAGGCGUGUGAAGAGUACGGCUUCUUCCAGAUCAUAAACCAUGGUAUCCCACCCGAGCUUUGCCGACGAAUGAUGGCCGUCCUUUCUGAAUUCUUCCAUUUGCCACCGGAAGAACGGGCUAGAUUCUGUACGGACGAUCCCAGGUGCCCUGUGAAGGUUUACCACCCGUACCUUGGGACCGGCCAGGACGGGGAAAAGGUCACGAUGUGGAGUGAGUACCUCUCCCAUCCUUGCCAUCCGUUGGAUGGUAUUCUCCACCUCUUACCGGACAAGCCCGUCCAGUACAGAGAGGUGGUGGUUGCAUAUGCAAAGGAAAUGGGUGGAUUGGUGAAGAGGCUAUUGGGUCUGAUAUCCAAAGGUCUUGGGCUAGAGUCCAACUACCUUAAUGAAAGGCUUAAGCAACAUAAACGAAUUCUACAAGCGAAUUACUACCCGACAUGCCCACAACCCGAUCUCACCUUGGGCUUGCCUGUUCAUACUGAUUUGGGUGUACUCACAAUUCUUCAACAGUCGCAGGGUGUGACUGGCCUCCAUGUAAUAAAAGAUGGAAAUUGGAUGUAUGUAGAUCCCAUACCUGACGCGUUUGUGAUCAACGUUGGCGAUCAACUUCAAGUGAUGAGCAAUGGUAGGUAUAAAAGCGUGCAUCACAGGGCAGUGAUCAACAAGUCAAUGGCACGUCUGUCAAUUGCAACUUUCUACCGACCAGAGCCGGAUGUUAUGAUAGGGCCGAUUGAGGAGUUGGUGGACGACCAACAUCCCGCGUUAUACCAGAAUUAUCGCUUCGAAGAGUUCUUCAAAGAGUUUUUGAGGCAAGAAGGGUCUAGGAGGAGGGUUAAAGAAGUGUUUGAGUUGCGCCAUUAGA